AUGGCUGAAUCGGAAGAUGGCCACCACAUUGAGAUUGUCCCAGAUGAUAGCGCCUGGGCUGGCGUAGAGGAAAAUGCGGAGGAUCCUGAAGAAGUUCGCGUAAUUUUCAGCGCAUUGGAUUCAUUCUUCCAAUACGCCAAAGUUUCACACUUUAAUGUCACCCACCUUCGCCGCCAGGCCUUCUACGCUCUCCCUCAAGAGCAAUGGAAACUCUUAGCUGCACCUCCCUUCAACUUUCUCGAAACCCUCGACAAAGUUGACGAGGCGCUCGACGAGAACGCUGAGCUGGCCCGUACCAUCGCUCGUGUUGGGCUCAAGUCGUUCCGCAUGAUGACGGAUGAGCCCGAAGACAAGGAACCCACGAUGCCUCAUGAGUGGGCGGGAGUUGCGAAAAACUCAGACGUUGACAAGGCAAGGAGUACAAUUCGCCAGUUCUACCGUGAUUGGACUGCGGCGGGUGCUGCGGAGAGAGAGGCUAGCUAUGGCCCUGUUAUGAAGGCACUCGCAGCGGAAAUGGACAGAUACCCAGAACGAUCUCCUCUCAAAGUGUUGGUACCAGGCGCAGGUCUAGGAAGACUUGUGUUCGACCUGGUAGCAAAUGGACAUAGCGCAGAAGGAAACGAGAUUUCUUACCACCAGCUACUUGCAUCGUCCUACAUUCUCAACAAUUGUCCAGCCGCCGAAUAUCACACCAUUUACCCCUGGGUUCACAGCUUCUCGAAUCAUCUUACUCGAGAGAAUCAUCUCCGAAGCUACCGCGUUCCAGACAUUCAUCCAGCUACCAUCCUGGCUACCACGCCUAACAUCGGAGAGAUGUCCAUGUGUGCCGCGGACUUUCUCUGCCUCUACGCCGACGAAGACCACGAGGCUCAGUACGACGCCGUAGCAACUGUAUUCUUCCUUGAUACAGCACCUAAUCUUGUGCGGUAUUUCGAAGUAAUUCGGCAUUGCCUUCGACCUGGAGGCGUUCUCAUCAAUGUAGGCCCCUUACUGUGGCACUUUGAGAAUAACGCUCCGGGCACCCAUGGGCAGGAUGGCGAUGCAGAGCAUGACCCUAAGGCCUCAUCAGGCAUUGCAGACCCAGGGAGCUUUGAGCUAACUGACAAUGAAGUCAUUGCACUCGUGGAAAAGAUGGGUUUUGAGGUUGAAUGGCACAAGACUGGCGUUGACGCCCCGUACAUUCAUGAUUCAGAAAGUCUUCUACAGUCAACGUAUAAAGCGAGUACUUGGCUGGCUCGCAAGCCAUUAGACGAGAGAAGAUCUUGA